UGAUGAUGAUGAAUAAAAGUUUAGAGUGAUAUCCUUUUUUUCUUUUCCAGAUGCUGACGUUGGAAAUAAUAUAGUUAACGAACAAGAAGGUAGAAUUAUAGCAGCGUUAAGUCUUCUGCAGAAGAAUUACAACAAUCUUCUUCGUCAUGGCAACGUGAUGAAGGAGAGAAAGCCCAGAUUAUUAUAUAUCGACAAUCCUGAAGUUCUAGAAGAAUAUAAGAAUAAUCUAAGAGGCUUCUUGCCUUGGUCCUCGUCGGAUUCCUCAGACUACUCGUAUUCAGAUGAAGACAGGAUUUUAACGGACGAACUUUCUAGUCAAAGGAAGUUUGACAUUGUUGGACCUUCUAGAGACAAAAACGCAGAUAAACACAGCCACAAUCGAUCCCGUCACAAAAAUCACGGAAAUAAAGGAUCAAACGAUCCAGAAUUAAGAAACGCAAAAAAUAUCCAUCAAAAAGGUCGUUUUAAAAUAGCCAGAGACAAAAGAAUACCACAAAUAAUAGAAGGCAAAAGACCCAAAAUAGAAAAGAAAGAGGAUAAAAGACUAAAGAUUUCCGAUGAAAAUUUAGACGCUAGCAAUUUAAAAUUUGAUAAAAAAGAAAAAAUAGCCGCUAACGUUGUACUAAAGGAAUUCGCUAAAGACCGCGAUAUACCGAGUAGACCGAAGUAUACCGAGAAGAAAUAUCCUAGAGGUGAUUUAUGGGAUAAAGGUAUGGAUGAUGAUGAAUAUAUAAGGAAAAGACCAGCUGACCAAGAUUUCAAUCCAAAUAAACACGGCGGAAGAAUUUCUCAAUCUUUGGGAAGAACAUUCAUACCAUAUAUUGCGACGAAAACAGUGUAUGAAGAUGAUUAAAGUACAUCUUUUACU